ACGACACGAGGUGCUGCGACCUCUGCAGGCUGCCUCCUGUUGCCCGUUUCUCCUCCAUAAUGCAACCCUGAUUUCCAACCUUUUUGCGCCUUUGUCCAGUUGCGCGCCUUGCCAAGGUCGCUCGAUUCUCGUGUAUACACCCACCGCAAACCGCAUCGGUCCGUCAGUGAGUCCAGCUUCGGCGCGCUCGAAAGCUGCGGAGGGGCAGAAUACAAGGACUCCAAGAUGCAGAACUACGGGCAGCAUCAGGCGGGGUAUCAGAGGCCCGGAAGCACUACGGGCUAUCCGUCAGCACCAGCAGUGCCUCCGCCUUACGGAGCGCCCCAAGGAUAUCAAAGCGCCGCUCCUCAAGCGCAGAGUCAGUGGUCGGCGCCCACCCAAAACCAGACGCCAGUACCACAGCAAUGGAACCAGCCGCAGCAGCAAGCUGGAGGUUACAACCCCGGUGUCUACGGCGCAAUGCCAGGUGGAUACUCGCAGUCACAACAGAAUACCACGCAGGCUCCUACCGCAUACCAGUCCCACCAACAAGACGUACCUCCUCCACCUCCGCCGAAGCCAGCUGCCUUCGCUGCCGCCGCUCAACAACCCAUCACACAGAACUGGGGACAACCGGCCGGAUACGGCGCUCAGCAGAACGCAAGCUAUGGAACACACGUACCGCAGGGUGAUUACACUCAGACCAGUGGAUACCAGGGUCAGAGCACAGCACAGCAGGCAUAUACCGCCACUGCGCCUCCGCCUCCAUCGCAGACGCCAGCGGGGUCAUACUUCCCACCCUCGCAAACACCACAACUCGGAGGCCGGCCUGGGUCGAUCUACGGCGCUGAUCAGGCAGGAAUGUACUCGACACCGUCAUCUGCAGUUGCGCAGCAUCCCCCAAGCUCUGUCCUGAGCCCGAACGAACAGCAUCCUGCGUACAUUCCUCCCUCACUUAGCGGUCAAGGCGUUCAGUCCUAUGUUCCCUCGAAUACGAACCCAGUGCCUGGCGUAUACGUUCCUCCGCCCCCGGACAUACCAGCUUGGCAACAAGCAUCGCAUGCCCCCUUGCAAGGAGGCAAGAAGUUCAAAUACACGAAGCCGGCACCAGAUCCGAAUCUGUACGCGCAAGGUCAGCAAGGUGUACCGCCAGCACAAGCACAGGGGCAGUAUGGCCAGCAAUCUGUAUACCCUGCGCAGCAGUUCGCGCAAAAUCAAUACCAAUCCGGAGGGCAGGCUCAACAGCCAGGCCCCUACGGAAACCCUGUGCAAGGUCCCUAUGCUCAAGGCCAACAGCAACAACAGCAACAACAGGGGCAGUAUAGUCAGAAUCUAUCACAAUACGGCCAGCCAGCCCAGGCGACAAGCCAGCCUGCUCCUCCAUACCAACACCCAUCUCAAGAGCAGUCGGUCCAACCGCAGGCGGUCCAACCGCAGGCAUAUCAGCAACAGGAGCAGAACCAAUGGCAGUCGAAUCCUCCGGCGGACCAAGGCUACGCGCAGCAGCAGACCGGCAUACAUACCUCCUACGGUACCCAGCAACAGACAUGGCAACCAGGACAUCAGGCCCAAGGUUCGGUUGCUGGACAGCAGUAUGGCCAAGUAGCCAAUCAAGGGAUUGAAGCUCCAAAGCCGGUCAGCGGGCAUACCGGUACAGCGCCUCCAGGAUUCGUCAGUGAGCCAAGUCCGCAAAGUCAACCAGUAUCUCCGAUCCAAACGCGUAUCGGCACGGGAUUCAAUUCAGGUCACACUGCGCCUGGACGAACAGAUUCGGUCAGUUCCAUAGCUCUUGGUGCUAUUCACGCUCAGCGCGCGGGCAAUCGAACUGCGUCUCCGAAACCGCCGCCACCAAACUUGCCCACGCCUCCGCCGCCUCGAGACGACGUGACAAAGUUCAGCGUGUUGGGAACAGGCGGCCCGUCAGACUGGGAGCAUUUCGGGGGAGGCGAAGAAAUAGACGACGAAGAAAUAUUUGGAGCGAAGAAAGACGGGCGCCAUGGCGUACCUGUGCAAUUGGACAGUGCGGAGGUCAUGUCGCAACAGGUAUCUCCACCUCAACCACAAGGCGAAUGGCCUACGCCACCUGUACAACCCGUAUCCGCAGUGACCCCGGAGCGUGAUCAAUAUCAGCCCACGCCUCCGCCGAAUAUUCAACGCCCACCAUCCAAACCACCACUCCAAGGCUUCAUCGUGGGCAACGCUCCGCCGCCAGCAUCACAGUCUCAGCAAAAUUUCGUCGUGGGCGACGCUGUUGUCGCACCAUUGCGAGUCUCACAGCCGUCUUCCCAACGAAACACGCCUGCACAACAGCAAGGACAGCACCAACCGCCGCCAGCGACGAGCACUUCUUUCUCGAUAGAUGACAAUGGUCAGAGCCAGCAGCGUUCGGUAAACCCGGAAAUUGAACAGGCAAAUGCUACAUAUGCUGCCGAACUCAGAACCAAAGACGAAGCAUUAGAGCGCGUACGGGCAGAGGCGCAACAAAAGGAAAGUAGUUUGCAGGCCGAGGUCGAACAGCUGAAGGUGGUCAUCGGGACUACCAAGUCUCAUGCGGAGUACGAGAGGAAGAUUCUGGCUGAUCAGAUCGAGUCAAUGAAGACUGCUGCGGAACAAGCAAAGACCAAUGCGGAUGCUUCCACCAGAGACAAAGAUCUCACAAUCGAACGAUGGAAGGAAGACUCGGAAGGGAAAGAAGACACGAUAAAGGAAAAAGACGAUGAAAUAGUGAAACUACGAGACGAGCUCAGGGCGAAAGAAGAAACAAUUGCACAGGGUCACGUUUUUGUUGAUGAGUUCAAGAAGCAGGCCGAACUCAAAGACAUCGAGAUUAGCAAUCUGAAGCAACAGAUUGAGAACAAUCAGACAGCGGAAGGCUUGGCGAAUGACUUGAGACAACAACUUGAGGCCGAGAAGCUCAAGGAGCCACCUAAACCCACUCCUGCCAGUUUGAUCCCGGAUCUAGACCCUUGGUAUGCUGGUUCCCUGGAGCGAUACAUCGCAAUGUUGCGAAGCGAGGCACAAACCCCAUUAGUUGAGGACAAGAUCAAAGUGUUCAUAGGCUUUCUCAAGGCUGAGUCUGGCGCUCGUGGCCUCGACUACCAAAAUGCACCUCCAUCGCAGCCAAUCAGCCAGCCGCAGCAGGAGAGUUCUCAAUCGACAGUCGCAUCCAACCAGGAACCGAAGACUUCUCCAAAGCUUACGAAACUCAACGUUCAUGUACCCACCGCUGCUCCUGUCGAAGAUGAUGACAUACAGUACAGUCCGGGCGGUAGACCGAUCGUGCACCAUAGGCCUACGCUCAAGUCAGAGGCGUCCGGUCAUACACAGCAAUCGUUCAGCGUAUCCAGCCAGUCGACCACUGUUCUUACACCUACAAGCUCACAGGAUGAAAACGCGAGCAAAACACCCACACCUGUACAAUCGCCACCUGCAGAGCCGCAGGCACAAACACAGUACAAGGCGUACGUGCCAUUACCUAUCUCUCAAGUGGAUUCAAUACAGAGCCUACACCGUCAAUCGGUGUCCUCUGCUACCACUCCAGCGCCUAACCCGACCUUGUUGCAUGGGAGUAAGAAGGAUGAAGUUUUCUUUGGUGCCUCAACCGGGACUUCGUUACCAUCCAUCAGACCAAUCACAGGCACAAAUGCCAAUCCGGAGGUGGCAGUUCCUGCGCCACUAUUCACACAGCAUCCCCUUGCGGUAGCGGCCAAGGCAACACCCAAGCAAAACGCAGUGGAGAAAUUGACAAGGCUACUGCCCGCUAAGAUACGCCUGCCGCAGCCAAAUCCCCAACUGGAAGCGGUUCGCAAACGACUUGCUAGUGCUCCAUUGGAUCUACCGUCCUUCCAAGAACUGACCGAUCCCUGGGAGAAGUCUGCGUCUCUCGUACGCAAAAAGAACGAUGAAGCUCGUCGCAAACGACAAGAGUCAAGCGAGAAGGAGACUGAUCAGCUGUUUGACAACCAUGAGAUCUCAUACGCAGAUAUCGCUAUUCUUGAAGACGAAUUCAAAGAGGAAGAACGCAGGCUAAAGGCAGACGAGGAUCGAGCCGAAUACCAAUCUUACGUUGACACCGUAUUCAGUAAUGUCUAUGACGGGCUGCAACAGCAAAUUAAGGGUCUUAUGGAUCUCUACAUCGAGGUGGAAAGCCUGCUCUCGACAGCAGUUUCAGGAGCAAAAACUUUCGAGGGGAGUGAUGCAGCGGUCGUAGAAGAGUGUUUGAAGUUGCUUGAAGAGUUGUUUGAAAAGAUCGAGAAGCGACACGACAAAGUCGUUGAGGCGGUCGCAGAACGAGACAAGCGGUACAAGAAGACAGAAAUACAGCCGCUGUACGCCGCGGGCAACAUCGUAAAAAUGAAGCAGGUUGAAGCGCACUUUGCCAAUGCCGAGAAGGACGCGGUUCAGCGCGCUCGUGCGGAGAAAGCUGACCGCGUGACAGAGUUUGUGCGCAUAGUCGAGUCAACGGUUGUUGCAGCCGUUGGUGUAGAGCAGCAAGAGAUUCAGGAGAUCAUCGCUGCUGUGCGCGAUCUGCCUUCCUCACCGGACAACGAAAAGCUGUACACACGAGCGAAAGAGACUGUACUCGCGCUAGGCGACUCGUCGAAAUCACUUCUGCUACUAUUAAACGACAUCGAGAUCGACGUUGGUGGUUCCGUUCUCGAAGUUGAACUCGCGGAAGCGAAGACAGCAAAGCAAAUCGACAAAGUCGCCCAGCUUGAGAAACAGAUCUCAGACCGCGAGAAGGAGCUCAAAGAGGAGUUCCAGCGAAAAGAGGCGGUUCUCGAUCAGGAUCGUGAAGAGAUAGAGAAGCUGAUCAAAGGAGACGGUGGAAACACGGCUGAAGGUGGUGUUGAGCCGAGCGAGGGGAAGAGUGAGGAGGAGCUCAAGAAAGAAAGGCUGAGUAAGGCGUUGGAAGCUGCUAAGAGAAGAAACGGAGACCUCUAGGGGAGGCUUUUCUUUCUUCCCUUUGAGCAUUGGGUCAAUGAGGCGAUCUGUUGCAUUUAGCUUAGCAUGUAUGGCGCAUAACUGCAUUUACAUUGCUCUCUGG